AAUGAAUCAGUAUUUAGCUACUCAUGACUCAAGUCUAAACACAUCUUUAUCAAAAUAAAAGUACACGUUUCCAAAAGCCUAAAGACAACCUAUUUAAAAUAAAUCUGCGUAUUAAUUUUUCUAACAUUAAUUAGAACUAAUGAAUUAAGUUACAAAUUGCCUUAAUCCUUAGGUACUAGAUAGGCUGGAAUUGGAUAUGGACUCAAGUACAUUUACUUUAAAUAUUUAGACAUGAUUUUUCAAAAGAUGCAAAACCAGUACCAGGUCCUAAUCUUUAUGAUAUUUAAUCGUUUGUUGAAAAUAAUCUCGACAAAAAAAAAGGACCUACUUUUGCUUAUAGUAGAGAAUAAAUGAAAGCGCAUGGAAUGUGGGGUUCUUUGAAUUAAAUUUCUCCUGGUCCUGCUAGAUAUGAAUCAACAAAUUCACUUAUUGAUUCAAAAUUUACUAUUGGACUUAAAUCAGGAUCUUUAAAAUAAUUUACCACCCCUGGUUUUAAAAAUAAAAAUUAUUCUUAGGACCUGGAGCUUAUGAAGCAAUAUAAAUUACUAAUUAAAGAGGAAACUAAUUUAUCUCUAAAUUCAGAAGUUCUGGUGCUGCCAUCAUAGGCAAAGAUUAAGACAGAUUUAAAACCUUAUAAAGUUUAUAAAUUAUUUAAUUAUAGCUUAAAUUAAUUUUCCUGAACCUGCUAGCUAUGAUAUCUCGAAUACAGGAAUUACUGGAACAGGAUUCUGUCCUAAAAAUGGAUUUAAAUCUUCAGUGUAAAAUUCUUUCCCAAAAGCAAUAAGAAAAGGACCAUUCGAUUUAGGAGCUAAAAGUCCUGGCCCUGGAUCCUAUAAAGCAUAUUCAGAAUUUGAGUGAUUUUAAUCUAAACAC